UGAAAAUUUAGCCCUUACUGCUUAUUUGAUCAAUUUCAAGUUUGGUCGACAUAGCAACACUUGGCAUCGUUUGUGACAGACUUGACGUUUGUUUGUACAAAUAGUUAACAGUGAAGAAUGGAGGACGGAAGUUCAAAUCCAACAGAAUGGUGUAUGAUAGGAAGACUCUCAACUAUGCAAUUCAUCGGCAAGGAAGUUAUCUUUUAUGGUGCUGGCUGCCAUUUGUAUUUCAUAAAUAUGGUAACAAAGGAGCACUCCUUCUAUAAAGCAAAUAACGCAAUGUGUGGCGAUGGCAUACGUUACUACGCAGGACAUAGAAGUUUGAAUUUCUUUUGUUUCGCCGAGAACUGUGGAAAUCCAAGCAUUUUCGUGAUGAGUUACCCAAAAUUUGAGAUUAUAUCGAUUUUAGAAGGGGGUUCGAAGGAAGGUUACAUUGCAAUGGCAUUUUCGGAAUGUUCAGUGCUGGUUUCUUUAGGUAGUUUGCCUUAUUUCAAUUUGACGGUAUGGAAUUGGAGAAGAGGUGAAAAAUUGGGGAGCAGUCGAAGCCACAUCCACCGACAAAAACAAAUUAUAAGAUGCAAUACCGUCAAUCCUGUGAGGAUUUCCCAGCUUGGAUUGAAGACGGCUAAGCUGCACAUUUGGGAUAUUCUAAUGUGCGGUAAAAAAUGCAUAAUGACCCAUCACAAAGUGAAGAUGCCACAAGAGAAGCCAGCCCCAUUGGUGAUGUCCUAUUGGUCGCCGGAAGGAAUGCUUUAUGCCUUGGAUAACGAUGGAUCCGCCUAUAUUAUAAAUUCCGAAUACAUUCUAGAGAAGAUCAUCACGCACAAUAAAAUGGGGAGUAAAUUACCCUCCUUCACGAUGUGGAAGGGUGAUUUCGUUAUAACCGGCCCUAACACAGAAAUUCGGUUUUACAGGAGGACCACCAACACUUGGAGCCUCUACAACUCGCUAACGCCCUCCGAAGUAGUGGAAAAGGUAAAAUCCAACAAGAACGACAUUCUGGUGGGUCUUACAGAUAGAGCUUACCUGGUUAAGAUAGACCCUGAGAACAAGAAGUACGAGUUCAUCAAGGCCAACGAGACAGAGUUCCAUAACAUCUGUAUGGUCUAUCCGGUCGGUCAAUAUGUCUGCCUCCUAUCGCAGGGUAAUAUGGUCAGUGUUGUCGAAAUUGCUACCGGGGAGGUGGUGAGCAAGUACGAUCUGAUGGGCACAGCCCUAACCAUAGCCGGCAAUCCCGAAUUCCCCUACAUCGGCAUAGGCUACAUAAACGGCAUACUGGAACUUCUCUCCAUUUACGACUCCAGCAAGCUCGCUACCAUGGCGCACUUCAAUCUCACCACCAACCAGAUAUCCAGUGUCUAUUUCAGCGAGUUCGGCAGAGUCAUGGUGGCGGCCGACAUAGCGGUGGGGGAAUUUUUCGUCCUGGAAGGAAUACCCGGAGGUCACAUCCAAGUGGUGGCUACCGUCUCCACCAGUCUCCAGGUGGCGGAUUACAUGCUGGUGCCGUCGACCAACUGCUACAGGUUGUUCGUCAUACCGGUGACGUCUAACGAGUACAUCAAGGGUAACAAGGUGAUACGGUACUGCAUAAUGGACAACCACCAGAUCAACGUUAAAGAGUACCACUUUCCGGACCAAACGAAGGAGUAUUCGAGGAUUCUGAGCACCGCCAAGAUCAACAGGGACAGGGUGUUUUAUGUUAUGCCCUUCAACUCGAAGUAUAUCGAAGAGGUGGAAACUAGGAGAGGGGACAAUAUGAUCCGAAUACUCAAUACUUUCGAGACCGGUCAUCAAGUACGCAGAAACGGCUUCUACAUCGACAAAUAUCAUGCUGUUACAUGGUCUUACGAUGGCUUCAUCAUUGCCAGAACAGCUGAUAUGGGAAAGGUGAUUGGGCAUGCACUUCCACACCACAGGAGAAAUGGUGGUGUCAAAAAAGCGUACAUAGAUCCUUUGGGAAAGUACAUCGUUAGUUUGGGCAACGACAACAUUGUAGCUUGUACCAACCUCAUCAACAACGAACCGGAUUACGGGAUGCAAGAAGACCUAAUCAAAUUGCUGAAUUCCAACAGAUACGCCUUGCUGUUUCAGAGGAAAACCAAAGGAUUCGAUCCAGGACCCACAAUGAGGGACUACACCUGGCUGGAGGUCGACAAGAUGAGAAGAACGGAACACGAGAGAAAAGCCUUUCAGGAGGAAAAGGCGGCCAUCUACGUGGAAUACAACGAGAUCAGGAACAAGCUUCGAGCGCUCCUCAAUCAGAACCUGGAAGGUCCAGAAAACGAGAAACUCGACCUGGUCGAGUUCAACCUGGACACAAAGUACUUCGACGAGAUCAAAGAGAAAAACAGGGUGGAGUGCAAGGACACGGAACAGUACAUCAAGAAGUAUGUGGCUGCUAUAUACAGGGUGUGCGACAACAUAAAGAAUCUGUGCUACAACACGAUGGCGGUCCAGAAGAGGAAGAUUUUGGGGUUGGGAUCUUCGUUGAACGUUGAGAGUUAUUCCUUGUUGCCACCUGAGGGAAAGAAGAUGGAGGAGCUGAACUGGAUCAUGGAGCAGUUGAAGCUGGAGAGGUUCGUGAACGAGAACGAUACGUUUACGCCUUGGAAGCCCAUGACACAAACUGAGCGGAAGCAUUUUCUGGAUCAACCUCCUCAAGUACCAGUUGUGAAGAAAAAGCAGAUUGAAGAUUUAGAAGAAGAAGUCGAAUCCGUAACUGUGGACAAGGAGACAAUCAUAGCAAUGGCUGGAUCUACUGCACAAAAUUUUAUCGAGAUCUCGCCCUAUAAGUAUAACCAAUUAGAAACUCAAACAUUUUAUCAGCUCCAGCUGAUAUCAGCAGUAACCAAUAACGACACAGUGAAAUUGAGAGAGUACUUCAACAAGGAAUUCGAGAACCUCAUGCAGCAGAAAACGAGAGAAAUGGGACAAAUCAAGGAGAAGAAUCAAAGAUUGCGUUACAUAGUUGACGAGAUCAACUAUUUCUCAACGGAGCAGAUCUACAUAUGUAUCACGGAUCCUGUUUGGACAGCCUUCGAGAACAUUGAGACAUUGGUCACUAUCCAGGACUCUCAGGUUCCGAUUCCUCCCUAUAUUUCGCCUAGCGAGCAGGCCAUUCUAGACGCGAAAGCUGCCGAAGCAGAAAGAAUAAGGCUUCUGUUGCUCGCAGACGAUUUCAGAGAGAGGGCGCUGAUGGCCAUGAUGAACGGAGUGCUGGAAGUCCGGUGGGAGGAUGAACUGAAGAAAGACGUGCCUUUGCCAAAAUGCAUGAUCGAGAAACAACCGGAGGAGUUCAACGAGGACGAUCUGAGGGCCGUCAAGGACUACGAGGAGAAGGUCAAAUUUCUGAACAGCGAGAGGGAAAGGUACAAGAACAUCCUGGAUCAAGAGUACACGAGGAUCACAUCCCAAAUAAGGGAAUCCGUGAGGAAAUUCGACAGCAGGAUGAACGAACUCCUUCAUCUCAGGAUCAAAGUGGACGAGGCUAUAAUACAGGAGGUGCUGAUACUUUGCAAGGAGAGACUGAAGCUUCUGGAUCUGAUGGCGUAUGCGGAGAAAGAGUUGGAACUCAAGAAGAUAAUGGUUGGCAAUGAGGAACUCAUUCGGAGUGUGGACAACCUGAUCAAUUCGCUCCAAGAGUCCGUCAUGGAAUGUCGCAAUUCUAUAGAGGCCAUUCAAAACAGGGAGAAAUUCCUAGAUAAAAAUCUGAAGAAAGACAUGUCCGAAUUCAACCAAGUCAUCCAAGAAGCAUCCGUCAAGCUGUUGAAGCGUCGACCCAAAGUCACUUACAAGAACAUAAUGUCAUCCACCAUGCUCCAAGCCUUAGCCAGGGCAGUAAUAACAAAAGACAGGCCUCCUACCCUUCUCGACGAAUGUAUAGAGUAUCUCAACGCUUUAGAUAACCUAGACCAUUUUGUUGGAGUACCACCAACUGUGGACGAAGAGGCAUACGCCGUGAUAUGCAAGCAUAGAAGGUUGAGGAUAGAGCACGAGAUAAAGCUGAAAAGCGCUUCCCUAGCCCUGACUGAAGCCGAAGCGACCGUAGCUAUCCUCCAGAAAAGACUCUAUCAGAAGAAAGAAGUCAAUGUGCGUUCUAUGGCCGAUUUGGCACAAGUACGCACAGAUCGUCUGAAGAGGCUGAAGAAUGUGCAGAUGCAGAUCGUGCUCAAGCAGGGCUUUGUGGAGGUUCCGAUGCACGGAAAUAUAAGCGACUUUCAAGAUGCCAUUCUAAUAUCACGAAAAGAGGUGGAAGACAUCAACACUCUUAUUCUGGAAAAUGGAAGGAUCAAACUCAACACCAUGCGCCAUACCAUGACUUUCCACAGGGAGAUCAUGAAAAUGGAGUGGACCCACAAAAAACUGAGGAUGCACAUCGAGGACCUCAACGAAGAACUGAACGACAUCAACCAUUUGAAAGUGACCAAAGAGAUGCAGGUAUACCUCAAGGGUAAGGAGAAGAGCCUACCUUUCGAGGUAGGGUUGGAACUACUGAAAAACUCCUACGAGAUUAUCCUGACGGAGAAGAAGGUGGCCGUGGGCAAGCUGAAGAAAAUGAUCAAUGUUCUUCGAGAGGACAGCAGGAAACUUGAUGCACAAAUCCGUGAUAUUAACGUGGACGUGUGCGAGUGCAAGUUGGAUAAGGAUUGGGAACUGGACGUUGAAGCUAAGAAGCAAACUGACAAGAGAAUGCAGUCGAUGGCUAAAAGAAGUAAGAUGAUCCGGAAAAUACAAGAAAACCACCAGACCAUACUUCUGCUGCAGACUGAAUUGGAGCUGCUUAGAUUGAAAACUUAUCCAACGAUUAAGUACAGAAUACUUUCUUAACUAUUUUUGUUUGUUUGAUUUACUUUGUUUUACUUUACUCAAAUAAAUAUUUUUUUCA